CGACGAUGGAUGGAAGACAGUUAGUUCACUUCAGCUCUGGUUUCCAGUUUGUAAGGGAGAAAGAGAGAAAGAGGCCACCAUUUUCAUCAUGGGCAAGAGCUACCCUACAGUGAGUGAAGAGUAUCAGAAAGCAGUGGAGAAAUGCAAGAGGAAACUCAGAGGCCUCAUCUCUGAAAAAAAUUGCGCUCCCCUCAUGCUCAGAUUAGCAUGGCAUUCUGCUGGUACGUUUGAUGUCCAUACAAAGACAGGAGGACCGUUCGGGACGAUCAGACACCCAGAUGAGCUUGCUCAUGGAGCUAACAAUGGUCUUGAUAUUGCUGUCAGGCUUUUGGAACCCAUCAAAGAACAAUUCCCCAUCUUGUCUUAUGCUGACUUCUACCAAUUAGCUGGUGUUGUUGCUGUUGAAGUUACAGGAGGGCCUGAGAUUCCUUUUCACCCUGGGAGACCAGACAAGUCUGAUCCACCUCCAGAAGGUCGCUUGCCUGAUGCAACCAAAGGUUCAGACCAUUUAAGGGAUGUGUUUGGCCACAUGGGUCUCAGUGACACAGAUAUUGUUGCCCUAUCCGGCGGUCACACUCUGGGGAGGUGCCAUAAGGAGCGUUCUGGAUUCGAGGGACCCUGGACCCCCAACCCACUUGUUUUCGACAACUCCUAUUUCAAGGAACUCCUCAGUGGAGAGAAAGAAGGUCUUAUCCAGCUUCCAUCAGACAAAACUCUUCUGGAGGAUCCAGUCUUCCGUCCCCUUGUUGAAAAAUAUGCUGAAGAUGAGGAUGCCUUCUUUGCAGAUUAUUCAGAAGCUCAUUUGAAGCUCUCAGAGCUUGGAUAUGCUGAUUCUUAGUGAGGGACUAGGACUAGGCUCAUGAAGCUGCUGCUGUUUGUUUAAUUGCCGGAGGCUGGUCUAUUUUCAUGGUUAUGUUCUUAGAUCUGAUAAGACAAGAAUAUACGAAAAUGGCUAUGGUGGUCCAUAUUUGUAUGUUUCAGUGUGUUGUAAUAUAAACGUAAGCAAGCUGCCUUUUAUGUAGUG